UAGCUGUCAAAAAAAAAAGAAAUCGUUGACAGUUAGUUCUCAAAACUCGUAGAUAAAUCACGUUUUUUCUAAAAUUUCGGUUAAAUAAAAGCCUGAAUAAUAAAUCAAGAUAGAAAUCGGACGAAAGGUAAAUUUCCUUGCAAAUUUAGCUAUAACCACAAUCUCUCUCUAUAAUAAUUAUUUAAAAAACAAAUAAUGGCUGACGAUUUACAAAAUUACAAGCUGCAACUUCAACAAGUCGAAGCGGCCCUAGUUUCCGAUCCAGACAACAAGGAACUUCAAAAGCUGAAGGUCGACUUAGAAGAGGUAAUCGAAUUAACGUUGGAUUUGAAACAGAAGGCUGAAGAGGCUGCCAGUCAACCAGAAUAUCGAGAGGUAAAAGCUCAUGGUGAAGACGAUGAAAUCACAAAGUCAUUACUCGCCGUCGAACAAUUUGUCGCAAAAAAUAAAAAGAAAAAAAUGUGGAGAGUCGGAGAUAUAUGUAUGGCGAAAUGGAGCGAUAACAAUCAAUAUUAUGAGGCGAAAAUUGAUACGAUUAACGCUGACGGACAGGUGAAUGUUACAUUUGAAGCUUAUAAAAAUAGAGGUGUAACUACUUUAGGGGAACUUAAAGAGUUUACAGGUCAAAAAAGAGUAUUGACUGAAGCGGAAAAACUUAAACGGGCUAAAAUGAACAACAAGGAGUAUUUAAAGAAGAAAAAGGCGAAAAAACAACAACGAUUCAAAGAAUUGGAAGAGGAAAGGGAGAGUGAAAAACAAAAGUGGUUAGCUUUUACUACAAAAGCCACGAAAAGUAAGAAAAGUGGGAUUAAAGCUAAAAGUAUAUUCGCCAGUCCGGAUACGGUGAAUGGAAGAGUUGGAAUUGGUACUUGUGGAAUUAGUGGAAAACCUAUGACUGAAUUUACAUCGGCGGAAAAGUGGAGAAAAGGAGUUUAAACAAACAUUAUUAUUAUUAAGAUUAUUUGUAAUAUAAAAAUAACAAUUUAAUU